CUAUGAGAAAAUCUACAUUUAAAUUUAGAUAUGAAUACGUUAAUAAUUCUAUUUGCGAACCCUAACACGCACACCCAGCGUUUCUGCUGAUUGAUUGCCGAUAUAAAGGGUCAAAGUCCCGAAAACUGGCGCCGAAAUAUCCAGAAAACACGGAAUCCGCUUUGAAUCUCGAUAUGGAGGGACUUUAAUGCCUUUAGCGUUAGCCUGUUAGCUUGGACUGCAUGUGUGUGUGUGUUUAUAUCAACAAUAACACACGCUCAUCCGCAUACACCACUUGAAUAUUAUUGACAUAAUCGACUGAUGCUGUUGAAAAGAGAAGAAGUGACGGAAUCUGCGGUAUCUUCAGGGAUGUAGUGUUUGUUUAGACAGGAACGCUCAGGCAACGUUGCACGACUGAUACCAGAGUUGGAGCAUUUCAGGAGUCUGCGAUGGAGAAGACAGAGAAGAGGCCUGGAUACUUCGCCAGGCUGAAGAAGAAGCGGCUGCUGAAGCAGAGCCAAUCAGAGAAAGCAGACGCCGAGCAGAACCAAUCAGAUUUGGAAUCCAAGACGCCGGUCAUCUGUGAGCCCGCUCCUAUUGGUCGAUCUCAGGAGAGGAAUGUGGAAAGAGCAAGAGGAUCAGAUGAUGACAGUAAACCAUGCAACCAGACCAAGAAAGAGAAAAGUAAACCUCCAGGAACUGUGGAGUUCACCGUGGGACCGAGGGACACUCUGAACAGCAUCGCUCUGAAGUUCAACAUCACCCCGAAUGAACUGGUGCAUCUGAACCGUCUCUUCUCACACAGCGUCGUACCUGGACAGAAACUGUUCGUCCCUGAUGUGGACCAAUCAGAGCGCGGCUCUUCUGAGCAUCUCACUGCGUGAGUGUGGUUCG